UUCUCUAAAUAAAAUGAAAAGUUCAAUUUUUUCUUCUUCCGAGUCUCCUCUGAAGAAGAAGGUGGGAGUAAUUUUCAACGGAGCCUGAGAGAAUAAUAGAUAGAUAGAUACAUAGAUAGAUAUGGUUGGUUCCUCGCAGCUGAAAUGAAUCAGAUCUGUAGAUCAGCCCUCUCUCGAUUAUCACUCCACCGUCCUCUCCGGCAGUCUUCUCCUCCUAGUUUCAAUCUCUCCAAAAGGUGGCAUUUUGGGCACACUGGAUCAUCUGAUCAAAGGCCCCCCGGAGCAGAAGAAGGAGAGAGGAUUUUCCGGCUUGGACUCACCUCUGACAUCGGUUUGUCUGUCGGCAAAGCUCUCACCGGUUAUCUCUGCGGCAGCACCGCCAUUAUCGCCGACGCUGCUCAUUCCGUUUCCGAUGUGGUCCUAAGCGGUGUUGCUCUAUUGUCUUACAGAGCUGCCAAUGUUCCCAAAGACAAAGAACAUCCAUAUGGGCAUGGUAAAUUUGAAACGCUUGGAGCCCUUGGAAUCUCUACCAUGCUUUUGGCUACUGGCUGUGGCAUUGCCUGGCAUGCCGCUGACCUCCUACUUAGUGCACUAUCCACAGCCCCUGAGGUGAAUCAUGCUCAUGGUGGACAUCAUCACGGUAUUGAUAUGACUCACCCCACUCUCGCUUUGACUGUUACUAUUGCUUCCAUUUCCAUCAAAGAAGGUCUUUACUGGAUCACAAAACGAGCAGGUGAAAAACAAGGGAGUGGGUUGAUGAUGGCAAAUGCUUGGCAUCACCGUUCAGAUGCUAUUUCUUCUCUAGUUGCACUUGUUGGAGUUGGAGGUUCCAUUCUAGGAGUUAAUUUCUUAGAUCCCCUAGCUGGUCUUGUUGUCUCGGCAAUGAUUUUCAAAGCUGGACUCGAAACGGGUCACCAAAGUGUAUUGGAACUGGUAGAUGCUGCUAUACCAGCUCAACAAUUAGAGCCAAUAAGACAGACCAUAUUACAGGUUGAAGGAGUCAAGGGAUGUCAUCGGCUAAGGGGAAGGAGAGCUGGUUCAUCGUUGUAUCUUGAUGUACACAUUGUGGUAGAUCCGUUUUCCAGUGUGAGUGUUGCGCAUGAGGUAGGAGAAUAUGUAAGGGGGCAGAUCAAUAAAAACCAUCCUCAAGUGUCUGAAGUUUUCAUUCAUAUAGAUCCAGCUUUCUUACAGUUUUCUAGUAGCAUGAUGGAUCAUGAUAGUAUAAAAAAGGAAACUAAUCAAGAAAGUAACAACAUAUGCAAUGAGAUUAAACACGUUGAAGCCACUGUCUCGGAAAUUUUUUCAUCACAGUUCUCUGAGAAAAUGAUGAUAAAACGAGUUACACCCCACUUGUUGCAUAGCAAGAUCUUGCUCCAAAUCGAAGUUGCGAUGCCGUCAACCAUGACAAUACAGGACGCAAUGAGAGCCGCUGAAGAUGCAGAGAAGGAGAUUCUCAAGGCAGCAUCAAAUGUGGCUCGUGUCAGUAUUCAGCUUAGUCUCAAGAACUCCCUGCCUCAGUAAUUACCUGGUUCAGCUAAAAAGAAAAAUACAAUGAGCCAGUUCUCUGUUUAUAACCGCGCAUGUCAGCGUUUUGUUUAUAUUACUGGCGUUUGGUUUAAUCUCAAAAGUUUGCACCUUGGUGAGCCGGGAAAGUUUUUGGAAGUGUACAAAUGUCUCUAUAGCCUUCUUUCAGCCCUGACAUUUGGUUACAAUGAUCAAUAAAAAACAAAAGGCAAAACAUUUUCUGUUACUAAA